GAAGCUGGCGCAGGAGCCUGGCAGCCAGCCGCCCGAGACGUGUGCCAUCUGCUUCGACCCCGUGGCCAGCAGCGCGACGCUGCCCUGCGAGUGCCGCACGGUGUAGCCACGUGCUGGGACAGGGCUCUGGCUCAGAGCUUCAAGGAUGCGGGCCACUCCAGGUGCCCCACCUGCCGGGCGCUGGUGCGCGUCGACUUCGAUUCGGCCACGGGCCGCCUGUGCUUCUCGAGGGAGACGCCGGGGGAAGCGGCCGAUCGCGCCGGGGUGGUCGCGCGCCUCGUGGAGCAGGCGCGGUCGGCCCAGAUAAUGGCGCUGCAGCGGUACGGGGAGCGCAACCCGGCGCUGCGGCACAUCGCGCGGGGACAUUUCGAGGGCCUCCUCGAGGCUCCCCUGGCCGAGCUCCAGCAGAGGGCGGGGGCGCUGGGCGUGGACGUCGGCGGGUGCGUUGCCAAGGAGGAGGUGCUCGCGCGCUUGCUGGAGUAUUUUGGACGCGACGCUGCCGCGCUGGCGUCCUUCUGGGCCUCAGGCGGCCCCGUGGCCCCAUCGUGCGUGUGUGGCGGGCGGCUGGCCCGCGUCAGCGGCAUGGACAGGGCGCUGCGAAGUCUCUGGCACGGGGCGCCCCACCUGGAGCCUGGCUCCGCCCCUUUCGCGCAGUGCCUCAGGCACAUCACGGACGGCGGGCAGACCUGCGGGGCCAACUGCGACAUUUGUGGGUCC